AAGCGACAGUUCCCCGUGCCGUGUUCAGGUUUGUGCGAUUUUUUUUGCGGGUGCGCUUUUUCGCCGCGAUUCGCGCAAAAACAAGCAAAUUUUGCUUGCUGGACUGUUUUUCGAGCUUUAUUUAUUUACAUUUCCUGUAUAUUUGGUUGGUACAACGUCCGACGGACGCUGUCCUCUCCCACCGAACUGGCUAUGAUACCGAGAAACAAAAUCUUCGUCGGCAGCUUGCCGCCGUCCACGAAACCGGAGGAAAUACGGCGUCUGUUCGAGAACUACGGUGUCGUGACAGAAUGCGACGUUAUGAACCGGUGUGCCUUUGUGCACAUGCAAAGUCCGGACAUGGUGGAAAACGCAAUCCAAGCGUUGCACAAUUCCACAUUCAAAGGAGUCACAAUAAAUGUGGAACAUGGUCGUAGCAAGGAGCGAUCUGGUGGAUCCUCUUCUGGCCGCGGUGGCGGUGGUGGCGGCGGCGGCGGUGGCGGCCGUGGUGGUUCUAGAGGUGGCGGUGGAGGAGGAGGAGGCUUUCGACAGCAGGAUAGAUCAAACUUCAAUGGUAGGUCUUUUGUUGAUGUUUCUGUUCCAGUGAUUAUGUGUUUUUUCUUGUUAUUUGGAGAUAAUCAGUCAGGAGGUCCUAUGAGAAAUAAUCAGAGUCGAGGAAACUUCCGCAAUCAGCCGUACGGUGGCGGCGGUCGUAGUGGUGGCUUCGAUGGACAAAAUCAAGGCGGUGGUGGUGGUGGAGGUGGCGGGGGCGGUGGUUUCCGCGGAAAUUUUAAUCGUGGAGGCAGAGGAGGUUCCAAUGACCGAGGCAGUGGGGGCCGGGGUGCUGGUUUUAACGGAGGCGGCAACCGUUUCUCUGGUGGACAGCAAUUUAACAGUGAGGAUAGAAGAGGUUUCGCUCUUCCCAAUGAUGGUGCUGGGCGUUUCGGGGGUGGAGCCCCAUCGGGAGGGGGAGUCGGCGCCGGGCGAGUUGCUCAACACAGCGGAUUGGCGAUCAGUGCUCAGAAUGAUCCGUUCACACGUAGAACCGUAGAUGCGACCUCAUCAAGCGGAUACGGAAACCGCGGAGGAUUUAAUCAAGGAAGCGCACCCGGCAAUUUCCAAUCCUCCAACUACAAUCAGGCUUUUCCUCCGCUAGGAAGCGAUCAAUCUCGCGCGGCGAACCGUGGACAGCAGCAACCAUGGAUGCAAUAAUUGACAAACCGUGGGCUCGCGUCGGGAGUGCGAUUGCCACCUUUCUCGCGAAAGUUCUGUAUAGACAAAUCUUUUAUCUGCAAUGCAGUCCUGUUGCGCUCGGAAUAGUCCAGUUCGAAGCGCAACGUCACUCUAUUCGUAUUAUUUGCAGCAGAAUUUCGUUCAGUUGCUUUUAUUUCUCGCCCCCGUUGAACAAUGAAUGCCGCUGGCAGAACCAAGAAAUAGUUUUUAAUUCUGACUGGAAUUAAAGUAACCAUUAUUGCUAAGAGAGGUUUUCCUUCGACGACGCUAGCAAGCUUUUCUUUAAUCAUUUUAUUAACAAUUAUAUUAAAUAGUGUUAAAUGUAAGCAAUCCCAAUCGAACCAACCCCAGCAGGGGUCACUUUGACCCCCCUGCGCUGGUUGAACUUAUCUUUUAUGUUUCUCAGCAUCGGUAAGAAAACAGAACUAUCAACGUACAUGUGUAAGAAUAACAGAUUUAUUGACCCAAAUAUAAUACACAGAACAGUGACUCAGAG